AUGGCAGUUCCACUUUUGCUUCUUCUGGCGCCAGCAGCCGCGGCGGGCUGCGAUCCGCCUCAGAACUUCGACGACCAAAGCGUCGACUCCAUUCCUUCUUCAACUCGCGACUUGGAGUACACGAAGGCGCGCAAAGCCGCGCCCUUUUACCCGGAGUCGGCGGCGCCGGUGGUGGCCGUGGAGCCGCAGCAGGAGCGCUUCGCGGGGCUGCACGCCGCAGAGAACGAGCUCUUCCGCGUGGAGGCCGCGGGGGAGGCUGGCCCCGGCGAGGGAGACCGCGUGGUCAGCGGCCUGGCCGUGGACAAGGCCGGCAAGCAGCACCAGGCCCGGGGGCCCCCCCCCUCCCACAGGCCCGUGGCCGGCGUGGGGCCCCUCUGCGAGCCCUACAGCAACCCCGCCAUGUCCUUGGAAGUGACGCAGCAGCUCACUUUGCUGCUGCUGCAGCACCAGUGCAGCUCCGCCCGAGUCCGCGUCUUCCUGAGGCUGGCCCGCGGCUCCGCCGCCGGCCUCGUCUUCAGGGCGAAGGGCCAGCGGGACUUCCUGGCCGCGACGCUGGACUCCGAAAAAAGAGUGGCCAGCCUGGAGGCCACUCGCGGCGGCCAGCAGUGGACCCUCGCCCAGGCCCCCGUCUUCUACAUCAACCCGGCCAUUCGGCACAAAAUUGCCGUGAAUGACCCCGGAGAGGCCGGGCCCGUCGAAGUGCUGGUGGACGACCAGCUCCUCAUUUCCCUCCCAAUUCCUUCCCCAGAACCUGUUGGGCUUCGGCUGGCGAGGCUGUCUUUGGCGUCGACAACUUCGCUGGUGAAGGCCAACAGUUAA